AUGCGUGCUUCAACUCAAGCUGUCCGCAACACCAAUCGCUUCGGGUCUCAAUUAGCCAAUCAGAUGGCAAGAGGCUAUGGUGCUUCGCUGUCGUACAGUGGCAGGAAGAGAGAGGCAUCGGAGCAGAACAGUCGCAUUAGCUAUUAUGAAGGAGACACGGAAUCCGAAGAUGAAUACCAAGGUUUAGAUCCAGAGGACACCAUCAUUGUCGAUGGACCUUGUAACAAGAAGAGAAAGGUGAUUGAUCUUGACGAUGAUUCUGGUGAAGAUAUCCCUCUUGCCAACCUGCCCGUUGUCGGAGAUGAUGGACCGAUGGAAGAUUCACCAGCAGGAAAGAUUUUCAGAGGAUUUCCAACGGAGAUCCACCAACAUAUCGCGGAUUUCCUCUCUGAUAGCGAUGUCGUUAAUUUCGCAUGCAUCUGUGAGAUAACUCGUGAUUCAGUCUCCCAAAUCGUGUGGAAGAGGCGGUUUGAUCGUACCUUUGACAGCGUUCCCGGUACUCCAAUUGGAGAUGUUGUUGCAAAGUAUAAAUCGAGACGAGCCAUUUCCAAGAAAUGGACUUGCUUCGAUUUGGGCAGGCACGGAGGCUUGGUUACUGCUGAGUGCCGCCGGUUCCAAAAAUCGAACCAGGACGACUGCUUGACUAUGCUGAGAGGUUUGAUCCUGGAGUCGAAUGCCACAAAGACCCUCGAUGACAAGGGAAAUCAAAUCAUUCAUGGCAUGAACCUGCAAUUCAUCUAUGAUCUUAUCACUGGCGAGAAUGGAAGAUCCUACGUCGACAUCAUAGAAUCAGUCUUGAACACCGAUUUUGAUCAUGCAAUGGACAAGCUCAGGGAUAUGCACAAGGUCGUCUCCGCAAGUGUGGAAGGCACUCUUGUCUAUGCUAUCCAGCUUUGCUUGACCCCGAUAUCCUUGAACCCUCGCUUCUGCAGUAUGCACAAGGUCUCGCACUUCGACCUCUCUCAGUACCAAGCAUAUGAUACCCCGGCUCGGCAACCAAUGUUUUGUGGUAAAUACAAGCAGGAUGUCAACCUCCGUUGGCUGCUCCACGUUGUCAAUUUCUUUAAAUACCAUUUGACGGCUGUUGACGAAGGCCUUCUUGCUCACCAUUACAAAGACCUCGAAUCUGAUCAAUUUCCUCAGCCAUGGGAGGGUCGUGUUGAAGCGGGAACAAAGUCUCUCAAGAGCCACUGGAAGGGGGCAUACACCUACAUGGAUCCAGUGACAAUGGCUAGUCUGAGAAUGGGCAAUGGUAAUGGCAAGAAAUCGACCAUUCAUACGGACGAAUUGGAUAAUGCAGAGGUCAUUCAGGAUAUGACUUUCUUCUUCGACGAGGGCAAAUCCGCCUCGUUCGAAUGGCCCGAGAAGUGGGAGCAGAUUGUGAACAGCAACCCGUUCUUACAAGUCAAUUCCCGACAAUCGAAGCGAUCCAGCCCUCGAGGAGAGAAGACAAAGGAGGCCAAGAAGCCUCAAGUCAAGCAAUUUUGGGGCACCUGCCGUGGCAAGCGUGGCCAUUUCUUUGGCCGUAUUCAUGCCAUGACUCCUCAACAAGGGAUUCAUGGCUUCCAACGUCUGACCAUGAUGAAGUUCUACACCAAGCGUGAUGAGAACGGUGAGGAGGAAUACGAUCCUAGCCAGGUCUGGGCAUUCGAAGGUUGUGUGCUUCCUGGUGGUCGUAUCGUCGUUGGCCGAUGGUGGGACUCAUUGUCUAAUCCAAAUGUGUUCACAACUCAAUCCGGCCCAUUCCUCUGGUGGAACGUUGACAGGAGCGCAGCUACUGUUCCCAUCAGAAAGGAAGAGGCCUUCGAAUUCUUAGAUACGUUCAGCGAUCCUGAACUAGGCUUGAUUUGA